AUGACUGUGGCUCCACUGUCCCUGACAACCCCUUCGUCCGGACCCUCCCUCACACAACUGUGUCUGGUCACCAGCUCCCUCCUGCUGGCCCCCAGAGACCCGGACCCGCAGGGCCUGCCUGGUUCCGGGAAGUCUUCCCAGUCUUCCCAGCCAGCCCGGGCCCUGGGGAGCCCUGGACACAGCAGCGGCCGAGGUGUCCUGCUCCAGUACCCACACUGCUCUGGAGUUUCUCUUUCCCAAGGAGAUGCUGCUGGGGAGCUGGUAUGGGUGGGGCCUUUCCCUUUACAGACGGGGCAGAUGCCAGGACUCAGCCCAUCCUGAGGACACGUGUCCUCAUGGAGAGGGUGCUCCCUCCAGCCCAGGCUGGGGAGUCGGUGCCCAGUCAGCAGCUCUGCCACCAUCCUGCUGGGAACUGGGGGGCCUCUAUUGGGUUAUAGGCAAGGCCUUUUCUCUGGCAUGGAAUUGUUAAUUUUCUGACACAUCUAGAUGUGAAAUUUCUGAAAAUUUUGAAGUAAACAUUCACACACAAAAAGCAA